AUGGAUAAAAAUGAAUUACCAUUUUCUUUUUCGACAGGAACAGAAUCAACAAUGCCCGAUUAUCUAGCAUCAGAAACGAUAUUACCAUUAAACGCAAACGAGGUGUUACCAACGGUAAUUACCGAAAAAUCUAUGUCACCAGGAUCUGAUAUUAUCGUCAGAUGCAAAUUUGUCUUCCCAAUUUCACCAACAAAUACAAGCGAUGGAUCUUUCUUUACAUCUAUAGAAAGUGUUUACACACGUGACAAUGCAAACGAUAUUCCAAGUAGUAAUAAUAUUACCCCCGCUGUUGAUUCAACAGCAAUAAAUGAUUUGGAUUUUAAAACAACGCCAACGGAUUUCGCCAAAAAUGAUGGUUACUUUACAAAUGAAAUAAAUAAUUUCCCCAAUGUAAUGGAGGAGACUGCCGAUUCAUUCGAUGCGUUUGCAUCGAAAUUUGAUAAGGCUGCCGCAAGUGGAAACAAUAUUUACGAUCCUUUCUCUGGUGGUUAUGGGAAGGAUACUUCCGACGAUGUAUGGGGAGAUUCAACAGUUGCGAGUCAGACUGCUUUCACUGGAUUUGAUGAAUCGGAGGGAUUCGAUUCCUUCCUGAGUAUGACAGCACCACCGCAAGAAGCUGCAAUGAAACGAACCGAAUCUGGAGAUUCUGACGAUGCUCCCGAUUUUAGUGUAUAUAUCAAACCUAAAGAAGGAGAGCAACUGAGACAAGGUGAAGAGGGUCCAGUUCCAAUACUCGCACCUCCACCUAAAAGUCCGCAAAAUUCCGCUUACUCUGAUGCUACUUUGCGCUUCAAUCCUUUCGACAAGUCUGCUGGUUUUGCUCAAGAAGCUUACGCGCCGUCUAAUAUUGAACAGGCUGAAAUUAAACGUACCGAUUCUCAGGAGACACCGCCAACGCCUCUGUUUGACGAGGACGUCAGUCAACCAUUGGAAGAUUCAAGAGUGACAUACACAGGCGAUGGUUGGGAAAUGCAACUCCGUCAGCCGAACAAGAAGAAAAUAACAGGACAGAGAUUUUGGAAGAAAAUCUUCGUUCGACUCGUCUAUCAGGGCGACAAUCCGGCUGUUCAACUAUUCCAGACUAAGGACGAUAAGGAUCCAUUUCAAGAAUUGCCCCUACUACCGUGCUAUUCAGUAUCGGAAAUUGGAGCCCAGCAAUUUGAUCACUAUGGCAAAUAUUUUACUGUCAAAUUGCAAUAUAUCGUCUAUAAGGAGAGGCCUGGCGUUCGUCGUCAAGUGACGAAAGCUGAAAGAUUAACAAACAAAUUAAGCCAAUUCGCAGCUUAUGCAAUUCAGGGCGAUUAUCAGGGCGUCAAGGAAUUUGGUAGUGAUUUGAAGAAAUUAGGUCUUCCCGUCGAACAUGCACCUCAGAUAUCACCUUUUAAAAUAGCAUCUCAUAAUUAUGAGGAUAUGAAGGAAUUUUCUUCGGCAAUUGAAGAAGCUCUUUUUAGAUUAUCAGCACAUAGGGAUCGAGCUUUGCAGUAUAAAAUGGAAGAGGUUCAAAUAUCAGUAGUCGAUGAACUUUAUGUGGAACAAAGUUCAGAAGGCCAUAUAGAGAAACAAAUAGCUCGAGUUCGACUAUUUUUCUUAGGCUUUUCCUCAGGAAUGCCUGACGUUGAAUUGGGUGUCAAUGACAUGAGAAGACAGGGAAAAGAAGUGGUUGGUCGCCACGAUAUUAUUCCAGUUGUCACUGAAGAAGAAUGGAUAAGAUUAGAAAACGUCGAAUUUCACUCUUAUCAACAAGAUGAAUUUGAAGAUUCGAAAAUUAUAAGAUUCAAACCCCCAGAUGGGUGUUAUGAACUGUUAAGAUUUCGAGUGAGGCCACCGAAAAAUCGUGAAUUACCCCUUCAACUAAAAUGCGUCUUUUGCGUCACGGGAAAUAAGGUGGAAAUAAGAGCGGAUAUACUCGUUCCGGGUUUCACAUCGAGAAAAUUGGGUCAAAUUCCCUGUGAAGAUGUCAUGGUGAGAAUACCAAUUCAAUGUUGGAUAUAUCUUAGAGUUGAGAAACACUUUAGAUAUGGUUCAGUUAAAUCCGCUCAUCGGCGAACGGGAAAAAUUAAGGGCAUCGAAAGAUUCCUCGGCGCUGUUGAUAAUCUUGAACCACAACUUAUGGAAGCUACUUCCGGACAAGCGAAGUAUGAACAUCAACACAAGGCUAUUGUAUGGAGAAUGCCACGAUUGCCUAAGGAAGGACAGGGAGCUUAUACAACGCAUCAAUUAGUUUGCCGUUUAGCAUUAACGUCAUAUGACCAAAUUCCUCCAAAUUUAGCACAGUAUUGUUAUGUUGAAUUUACAAUGCCAGCAACACAAGUAUCACACACGACAGCUAGAAGUGUUAGUUUCAGAAAUGAUAGUGAUGAUCCACCGGAAAAAUAUGUACGAAAUUUAUCACGACACGAAUACAGGGUCGGUAUUGAACACACAAAGUGAGGUCCGGGCGCUUAUCUAACUGCAACGAUAGCUAAACCAAUUCCCGAAUCAACACCAGAAACACAUGAACCAACACCAGCUGAUUCUGACUCUGAUUCCUCAGAAUAGUGCAAUAAAAUG